AUGGCACACCAUAUCCACAUCGCCGUUCUAGACACGGACAUCCCCUGUCUGGCAGUAUACGCCCAGCGCGGUCUCUACAGUUCACAGUUUCGGGUCCUACUCCAGUCCGCCGCAGAGCGAGUCAACGCAAAUCCAGAACUACAGCUUCAAAAUGGACCACUAGCUGUACAUGUCACGGCCUUUGACGCCGUAGGAGGCAUGCUCCCACCUCUGGAAUGCCUACGGUCUCUUCCCCGAUCUCCAACAGACAAAGCUGGCCCAUUCAGCGCUAUCGAUGCGAUCCUUAUUACCGGAUCUGGAAGCUCGGCAUACGAUUCAAACCCAUGGAUCCGGCAACUUGAAUCCUUCAUUCAGACCGUGCAUAUCGAUUUCCCACUUGUCAAGAUAUUCGGUUCCUGCUUCGGACAUCAGAUCAUCGCACAAGCCCUUCUAUCAGGACUCAAUAAUCCCGAAGCUGAGGCUUCCCACCCAACAUUCCACGUCGAAAAGUCCACACAAGGCUUCGAGUUUGGCAUCCAGCCUAUCACCCUAAAUCAAUCCUUCACAUCACACUUCCCAAUGCUAGCACGCCACUCUUCACCUGCAACCCCAUUCCGCAUCCAGUUGAUUCACGGCGACAUCGUCGUCCCGACACCAGCUAUAAUAACCGCUGCCUCAGCCAGGCAUGAUGAUAUCCAGCUCCCACCAGGCUGGAUGAAUAUCGGCCACAGCGCAGCAUGCGAUAUCCAAGGCCUGUACUAUCCGGGUCGCAUCCUGUCGUACCAGGGACACUUUGAAUUCGACGUAUUCUCGAACCGUGCACUAUGUAUUGAGUUCGGGCGACGGGCGAAUUGGCCUGCGGACGUGAUUCAACAAUACGUUGAGUGGAUUGAGCGCGCACUUGUUCCUGGUGCUCGGGAUGAUGAUGAUGCACAGGCUGCUGCGGAGGCAGUGUUGCUUUUCUUUGCUGGUGAGGAUACCUCGGUUGCGCGGAAAGAUCUUGUGAUGGGUUUAGGGCUGGGAGGCUUUGCGUCUAAUGGGAUGCUUACGCCUCCACUCGAAUGA